GAAAAGAGCGCUGAAUGCUUGCUUCCGGCCAUCUCCUUGGGUUCCUUUCCCUUCCCUCACGCUGUUUCCCCUCCCCCUGGCUCCCUUUCUCGCCCGGUGUUGUUUUUGCUCGGAGGCCGACCCCUAAACAGGAGAGUCCAGGAUCUGAGGAGAGGAACAACAAGCCAUUCGAGGCUGGGAGCAGGGAGGAGAGGCGAGUACUUCUGACCGAGGACAAAAGCAUGUCCUCCCUCCCUGGCUGCAUUGGUUUGGGUGCAGCAACAGCUGCAAUGGAAUCUGAAGAGAUUGCAGAGCUACAGCAGGCAGUGGUUCAGGAGCUGGGUAUCUCUAUGGAGGAACUUCGGCAGUUCAUUGAUGAAGAACUUGAAAAGAUGGACUGUGUACAGCAACGCAAGAAGCAACUAGCAGAGUUGGAGACAUGGGUAAUACAGAAAGAAACUGAAGUUGCUCAUGUUGACCAGCUCUUUGAUGAUGCAUCAAGGGCAGUGACUAAUUGUGAGUCUUUGGUGAAGGACUUUUACUCUAAGCUGGGACUCCAGUACCGUGACAGUAGCUCUGAGGAUGAAUCUUCCCAGCCCACAGAAAUAAUUGAGAUUCCUGAUGAAGAUGAUGAUGUCCUCAGUAUUGAUUCAGGUGAUGCUGGGAGUAGAACUCCCAAAGACCAGAAGCUUCGUGAAGCUAUGGCUGCCUUAAGAAAAUCAGCUCAAGAUGUCCAGAAGUUCAUGGAUGCUGUCAACAAGAAGAGCAGUUCCCAAGAUCUGCAUAAAGGAACUUUGAGUCCCAUGUCUGGGGAACUGAGCAAAGAUGGUGACCUGAUAGUCAGUAUGCGGAUUUUGGGCAAGAAGAGGACCAAGACAUGGCACAAAGGCACCCUUAUUGCUAUCCAGACAGUUGGGCCAGGGAAGAAAUACAAAGUGAAAUUUGACAACAAAGGAAAGAGUCUGCUGUCGGGGAACCAUAUUGCCUAUGAUUACCACCCUCCUGCUGACAAGCUAUAUGUGGGCAGUCGUGUGGUAGCCAAGUACAAAGAUGGGAAUCAGGUCUGGCUUUAUGCUGGCAUUGUAGCUGAGACACCAAACGUCAAAAACAAGCUCAGGUUUCUCAUUUUCUUUGAUGAUGGCUAUGCUUCCUAUGUUACACAGUCAGAACUGUAUCCCAUUUGCCGGCCAUUGAAAAAGACUUGGGAGGACAUAGAAGACAUUUCCUGCCGAGACUUCAUAGAGGAAUAUAUCACUGCCUACCCCAACCGUCCCAUGGUGCUGCUCAAGAGCGGCCAGCUUAUCAAGACUGAAUGGGAAGGGACAUGGUGGAAGUCCCGAGUUGAGGAAGUAGAUGGCAGCCUAGUCAAGAUCCUCUUCCUGGAUGAUAAAAGAUGUGAGUGGAUCUAUCGAGGCUCUACACGACUAGAACCCAUGUUUAGCAUGAAAACAUCUUCAGCCUCUGCACUGGAGAAAAAGCAAGGGGGACAGCUCAGGACACGUCCAAAUAUGGGUGCUGUGAGGAGCAAAGGUCCUGUUGUCCAAUACACUCAGGAUCUGACUAGUACUGGAACCCAGUUCAAGCCAAUGGAGCCUCCACAGCCCAUUGCUCCAUCUGUUCCACCAGUUCCAUCUGUGCCACCUGCUCCACCUGCGGUUCCACCUCUGUCCCCCCAAGCAGGUGACAAUGAAAGCUUGGAAAGCCAGCUUGCUCAGUCACGGAAGCAGGUAGCCAAAAAGAGCACAUCAUGUCGACCAGGAUCUGUGGGCUCUGGUCAUUCCUCUCCUACAUCCCCUCCACACAGUGAAAAUGCCUCUGGUGGGAAACCUGGGAUUAACCAGACAUACAGAUCACCUUUGGGCUCAACAACCUCGGCACCAGCACUUUCAGCUCCUCAGUUGCUUCCAGCCAGUGAUGAAUUACCAAUAGUCUCAACAACCUCUGCUCCAGCACCCCCAGCUCCUCCUGGGCCUCCAGCCCCACCAGCCUUCCAUGGCAUGCUUGAGCGUGCCCCUGCAGAACCCUCCUACCGUGCCCCAAUGGAGAAGCUUUUCUACUUACCUCAUGUUUGUAGCUUUACUUGUCUGUCUCGGAUCAGACCUAUGAGGAAUGAGCAGUACCGCGGCAAGAACCCUCUGUUGGUCCCACUACUGUAUGACUUCCGGAGGAUGACUGCUCGACGCCGAGUCAACCGCAAGAUGGGCUUUCAUGUAAUCUACAAGACACCCUGUGGCCUCUGCCUACGGACAAUGCAGGAGAUCGAACGCUACCUAUUUGAAACUGGCUGUGACUUUCUUUUCCUGGAGAUGUUUUGUUUGGAUCCAUAUGUUCUUGUGGACAGAAAGUUUCAACCCUAUAAACCUUUUUACUAUAUUUUGGAUAUCACCUAUGGCAAAGAAGAUGUUCCCCUGUCCUGUGUUAAUGAGAUUGACACAACGCCCCCACCCCAGGUGGCCUACAGCAAAGAGCGAAUCCCUGGCAAGGGUGUUUUCAUUAACACAGGCCCUGAAUUUCUGGUUGGCUGUGACUGCAAGGAUGGGUGUCGGGACAAGUCCAAAUGUGCCUGCCAUCAACUAACUAUCCAGGCUACAGCAUGUACGCCAGGGGGCCAAAUCAACCCUAACUCUGGCUACCAGUACAAGAGACUAGAAGAAUGUCUGCCCACAGGGGUUUAUGAGUGUAACAAACGCUGCAAAUGUGACCCAAACAUGUGUACAAAUCGGUUGGUACAGCAUGGACUACAGGUUCGACUACAGCUAUUUAAGACACAGAACAAAGGCUGGGGUAUCCGCUGCUUGGAUGACAUUGCCAGAGGCUCUUUUGUCUGUAUUUAUGCAGGCAAAAUCCUGACGGAUGACUUUGCAGACAAAGAAGGCCUGGAGAUGGGUGAUGAGUACUUUGCAAAUCUAGACCAUAUUGAGAGUGUAGAGAACUUCAAGGAAGGAUAUGAAAGUGAUAUACCCUGUUCCUCUGACAGCAGUGGUGUUGACAUGAAGGACCAGGAAGAUGGCAAUAGUGGUACUGAGGACCCUGAGGAGUCCAAUGAUGAUAGCUCAGAUGAUAACUUCUGUAAGGAUGAGGACUUCAGCACCAGCUCAGUGUGGCGUAGCUAUGCUACCCGGAGGCAGACCCGAGGCCAAAAAGAGAAUGGACCCACUGAAACCACUUCCAAGGAUUCACGCCCUCCAGACCUUGGGCCCCCACAUAUUCCCAUCCCUCCUUCAGUCUCUGGAGGGGGCUGCAAUCCACCUUCCUCUGAAGAGACACCCAAGAAUAAGGUGGCCUCAUGGUUGAGCUGCAACAGUGUCAGUGAAGGUGGUUUUGCUGACUCAGAUAGCCGUUCAUCCUUUAAGACUAGUGAAGCAGGGGAGGGUCGGAAUGGAGGCCGAGGGGAGGCUGAGAAGGUCUCUACUUCAGUACUGGGCAUGAAGGAAGAAGGAGACAUCAAACAGGCCAAAAAAGAGGACCCUGAUGAUCGAAACAAGGUGUCAGUAGUUACAGAAAGUUCUCGGAAUUAUGGUUAUAAUCCUCAUGUGAAGGCUGAAGGAGCUCGCCGUCCAUCUAGUAAGACUAAUAUGCACCAGAGUCGGCGGCACAUGGCCUCUGCCCAUUCCAACCCUGAUGAUGUCCUGACGCUGUCCAGCAGCACAGAAAGUGAGGGGGAAAGUGGCACCAGCCGCAAGCCCACUGCUGGGCAGACCUCAACCACAGCAGUUGACAGUGAUGAUAUCCAAACCAUCUCCUCUGGCUCGGAAGGGGAGGACUUUGAGGACAAGAAGAACAUGUCUGGUCCAACAAAGCGCCAGGUGGCAGUUAAAUCAACCCGAGGCUUCGCUCUUAAAUCAACCCAUGGAAUUGCCAUUAAGUCAACCAACAUGGCCUCUGUGGACAAGGGAGAAAGUACACCUGUUCGAAAGAACACACGCCAAUUCUAUGAUGGUGAAGAGUCUUGCUACAUCAUUGAUGCCAAGCUGGAAGGAAACCUGGGCCGCUACCUCAAUCACAGUUGCAGUCCCAACCUGUUUGUCCAGAAUGUCUUCGUGGACACCCACGAUCUUCGCUUCCCCUGGGUCGCCUUCUUUGCCAGCAAGAGAAUCCGAGCUGGGACCGAACUUACUUGGGACUACAACUAUGAGGUGGGCAGUGUGGAAGGCAAGGAGCUGCUCUGCUGCUGUGGAGCCAUCGAGUGCAGAGGCCGUCUUCUUUAGAGGGGAGCCUUCUUCCUCACGUUCAGAACCCUUCUUGAACUGUCUUUUCCUCAGGAACUGGGUCUUCCUGACUGUUGAACUCUGACCCAAGCAAGCCUCUGGUCUAGCUACUCCCCAGCUCCUAGUAGAUAGAAAUGGGGAGUCUGGAUCAGGAGCACUCUUCCAUUGUGGUGCUAGCAGGCAAGGUCCCUGUGACUUAGAGCUCUGGAAUAGGGAGGGAUUACCACUCUAGCCUAGGCCUGUCGUCCCUCCCAUCUCUUUGUACAAAAUGUCCCUAUUCUGAUAAACGGGGUCUGUGCAUCUACCUAUCCCUGGUUUGUACUGGUUCUUGAAAGAUUUAGCAA